CGCAGCUCUCACACCAAAAUACAUUUUCAAUUUAACUACCAGUGAUCUAGUAGCUACAACCAUUCUUCUCUUGGACAAACUUUCAUCAACUGACCAUGAACAAACCCGAAAUCCUUAAACUCCUUCUCCAAUCCGUUUUUCUUGUACUUUGUUUGCCUUUUCAGGGAUUUAGCGCAGAAACAGACACCAUAACCUCCAGUUUAUCCAUCAAAGAUCCUGACUUCAUAGUAUCUCGUGGUCAGGUUUUCAAACUGGGAUUCUUCACCCCGGACAACACCAGAAACCGUUACUUGGGUGUUUUUUACACCGUUUCUGAAAAAUCCGUGAUAUGGGUUGCCAACAGAGACAGACCUCUCACAGAUUCUUCCGGCAUUGUCACCAUAUCCAGAGACGGCAAUCUUGUCCUCAUGAAUGGGAAGAAUGAGACUGUCUGGUCCACCAACGCCACAACUUCUUCUCCCCUGAGUGCCGCCGCUGCUCAAAUUCAGGACAACGGAAACCUUGUGCUCCGAGACGUUUCAACUGGAAACUUACUAUGGGAUUGUUUUUCACAUCCGUCCAAGGUUUUCGUGCCCACGAUGAGGUUAAUUGACGACACAAAUACAGGUAAUAAGGUGAUGGUGUCGGCCUGGAAAAAUGAGUCCGACCCUGAAGUAGGGAACUUUACGGCGGGGCUUCAAGCUCUAAAUAUUCCUCAGAUUUUCAGCUGGCACAACGGCCGUCCACUCUGGAGAAGCGGCCCCUGGAAUGGCCAGAUUCUUAUCGGCGUGCAGGAUAUGUAUUUACCUUACCUCGACCCAUUCAGUCUAGUAAAUCAGUCCGGGAUUUUCUAUUUCACGGCGCCUCCGGGAAAGGUCUUGAUGAAUGUCGUCCUGAAUUCUUCAGGAACUUUACAGCAAAGGUUGUGGGAUAAUCAGAAGAAGAGUUGGGAUAUCAUAUGGGUGGCUCCUCAAAAUGAAUGUGAUAUUUAUGGAAAAUGUGGUCCUUUUGGAAGCUGCAACCAACAAGGUUCGCCAAUUUGUUCUUGUUUAACAGGGUUUGAGCCUGUCAAUAAGGAUGAAUGGAGUAGAGGGAAUUGGACUAGUGGCUGCUUUAGGAGGACACAGACGCAGUGUGAUAGAAGCAAUGAUAGCGGUAGUGACAGGGGAGAUGGAGACGGAUUUUUGAGAUUGCAGUUUAUGAAAGUACCGGAUUUUCCUGAACGGUUUCCAUCUAGCCUGGAAGAUGAAUGCAGGAGUAGAUGUUUGAGGAAUUGUUCUUGCAUAGCUUAUGCACAUGAACCAAACAUCGGGUGUAUGUUUUGGAGUGAGAGAUUGAUCGAUGUUCAGAAGUUCCCUGGUGUUGGUGUUGAUCUACACAUUCGUCUGGCAGCUUCCGAGUUAGAUAAGCACAAGGAUAAAAAAGUGAUUAUCAUAAUCGCAACAGUCGUGGCUUUUGUUUCCAUAUCCAUUGGAGUCUUAAUUGCUUGGUGUUGGAUGGCCAAGAAAAGAGGGGACAGAAUAAAAGACCAAAAGACUUCUGAACUAAAGCAAGCAUUUUCAUCAGAUUCAACUGCUAUUGUGCUCAAAGAUGAAUCCGAGAAAGUAAAUCUCGAGGAGUUGCCAUUAUUCACUUUUGAGACACUAUCAAAUGCAACAAAUCAAUUCGACGAAGAAAACAUGCUUGGGAAGGGUGGUUUUGGUCCUGUUUACAAGGGAAAACUGGCAAAUGGAAAAGAAAUUGCUGUCAAGAGGCUUUCAGCAGCUUCUGGACAAGGGAUGGAAGAGUUCAUGAAUGAAGUGCUUGUGAUUUCCAAACUCCAACAUAGGAAUCUCGUCAGGUUACUUGGAUGCUGUGUGGACAAAGAAGAGAAGAUGCUGAUAUAUGAGUACAUGCCUAAUAAAAGCCUGGACGUCUGUCUCUUUGAUCCUAGCCAUCCAUCACAAAAGAUUCUAGACUGGAAGAAACGGUUUGGCAUCAUCGGAGGCAUUGGCCGAGGGCUCCUGUAUCUUCACAGGGACUCUAGACUGAGGAUCAUCCAUCGAGACCUGAAGCCAAGUAAUGUGUUGCUCGAUGUGGAUUGGAACCCAAAAAUUUCAGAUUUCGGGAUGGCAAGGAUAUUUGGAGGGAAUCAAGACCAGGCAAAUACAGCAAGAGUUGUAGGAACAUAUGGAUAUAUGGCACCAGAAUAUGCAAUGGAAGGCAGAUUUUCUGAAAAAUCCGAUGUCUAUAGUUUUGGAGUCCUGAUGCUAGAGAUUAUAAGCGGGAAAAAGAACACACACUAUUACAACCAAGAAUGGUCCUUGAGCCUCUUAGGAUGCGCAUGGAAAUUAUGGAGUGAAGACAAUGGUAUGAGUUUCGUGGAUCAAAUGAUAGCAAGUUCAAACUUCCAGGGGGAGAUAGUGAGAUGCAUUCAUAUUGCACUUUUGUGUGUCCAAGAAUUUCCUGAAAGCAGACCUGCUAUUCAAACUGUUCUGUCGAUGCUCAGCCGUGAAAUCAUGGACCUGCCCCUGCCCGAGCAGCCGGUCUUUGCUGAGAAGUGGAACCGUUUUCAUGCCGGAUCUACUCAGCCCACCAGCCAAAUACGAUACUCCAUCAACGAGCUCACUGUCACAGUACUGGACGGACGAUGAAACGGGAAUUCUUGAAAUGUUUGAUGAUAUGCCUAUUUACAACGUUUAACUGCUUUGAUGUUUUGCCGGUUUUUCCUACCAUGUAUUGUGUACUGUAAUAUAAUUAUGUCAUCGAGUCUAAAUAUCAUGUAUUGAUGCUAUAUAUAAUGUUGGAUCGAAUUAGUUAUUACAAAUUUUAUUUCAUUCGACAUGCA